AUGAAAUUCAUCGCUCUUGCACUGACUCUUGUUGGCAGUAGGUCAGUAUGAGCUCUAAUGUUAUAUGACGUACAUUGUUUUGUGUGGAGGCCUGAGCACUAUAGCUAAAGCCUGGGUCUUUCAUGUGGUUGUUCCCCCAAAAGGCUCCCAGGCCAGGGCCCUGCAGAAUGAUGCCCCCUCCCAGAUGGAGCACAGCAAGGCUGCUGCCAUGGUGUACGUCACUCAUGUGAAGGAGACUGCCCAGAAGACCCUGGACCACCUCGAUGGAACCAAAAAUAGCUCCACUCAUGGUUAACUUCCAUCAGAUCAUUCUGUCUUCAUGUUCUCUUCCCUACAACCCCUCAUCCUUCUUUUCAUAAUAGCAAUCGAUUGCUCUGGUCUCUCCCUCAUUUUACCCUCCACUUCUCUGUACCCCCCUCCCUACCCCCAGGAUGAAGCUGUCCGAGAGCUUCGACAAGCUGCACGAGUAUGCCCAGACCGCUUCCCAGACGCUGGCCCCCUACGGCGUUGCCUUCAGCACCCAGUUCCUUGAGGCCACCAAGCAGUUGCAUGAGAAGGUGAUGGCUGAUGUUGAGGACCUCCACACCCAGCUAGAGCCCAAGCGUGAGAAGCUGCAGCAGGUCCUCCAGAAGCACGUUAAGGAGUACCGCAAGAAGCUUGAGCCCGUCUUCCAGGAGUAUGUCUCCAAGCGCCGCGAGGAUAUGGACACCUUGAGGGCCAAGCUACAACCCCUGGUUGAUGAGAUGCGCGCCAAGGUUGAGGUGACCAAGUCCAAGCUGAUCCCCAUGGUUGAGGUUGUCCGCACCAAGCUGACCGAGCGACUGGAGGAGCUGACUAGUACAAGGAGCAGCUUGUGA